CCGGUGCAGCUACGGUUAGCAGAGCAGGCUGUGUCGAGGGCGCCUACCGCGCGGCAACCCCCCGGCGCUCAGUGGCUGCGCUUCCUCCGCACCAGGCGUUACGCGCGCUUCUCGUAUUCGGAUCCGUGUGUGGUGGCCACGGUGUUGUGUGCGCUUUCCGCUAAAAACGAAUAUUUCGCGAGUUCUGACGAGUUCGAGCUGGAAAAGAGGAUUGGGAGGACCGAAACGUUGGCCAUCGCGAAAUAUAUCGCGCGCCGCGAACGGGGUUUCCGCCCCAAUUCCGCGUGCGCGUUGCAUCCACGACCUAGUAUCUGGUCAUCUCUCGACAUCUCACACCGUUUUCAUCACGUAGCACAACAGUCAGUGUCGCGUUCACCCCCGUUCAGAGCGUCCAACGACAGGGGGGUAGUAUUCUAGCCACAGAGUAUUAGUUCUAUACACGGAGCUGUCGUUGAACGCUAAAUUGGAAACAGAUCGCGUUCUUCAUGGUGAUUAAUGUAUAUAUUGUAUAAAUUGUAUCACGAAGAAAUGUCUUAAAGAAUUGCUUCUUCAACAGCAUUAAAUGUGGAUUUCUCGAGGAGGAGAGAAUAAUGGUUGUAAAAUAGUGAUUUGUGAAAUGUACUAAUAUUUCAGAGCGAUUUGCCCUUUUUAAGCGAGCUUUUUUGUCUAUUUUCUGAUACUUUAAUGUUUUAAAAAUAUGUUUUAAAUUAAUUUCUUGAUACAUUUGAUGUGUAAAUAUAUCUUAAAGUAUUAUGUGUUUUCAUAAUAUUCGCUCUCUCUAAAACAGACAUUUACGUAAUAUUUUCGUAUUUUCAUAUUUGCUUACUUUAUUAUUACAGAAAAUUAUAUCGAGUUACGUUGAAUCAUAUGUGGAAACGCGAGCGCGAAAGAAUAGAUCAUACGCGCGACAAACUGCACGAUCGAAGUAUAUCGUACAUGUUUUAUCGCACAAUUGAGCAUGUCUCUGCAAAAGCACAUUUUUGCUUUAUUAAAUAUUUAUUACUCGUAUUAAUUGUAUGUCUUACGUGUGCGACAUUAAUGAAGAUUGUGCGUCACGAUAUAGAGUGCAUUAUCGGUAGUGGAAUUUUUAUUUCCGAUAUAAUUUAUAUAACUUUUAAUUGUCAAUUGAAAAAUUGCCAUCAAAACGUCAAUUUAUGUAAUUCUCCAUGAACGUUCUAUGGACAAUAUGCGUAACCGCACCGUUUCCAUUCCUAAAAUUAAAACAGUGAUCUGUCCGGCUCUGAAAAGUGCAACUGAAAAAGCUUUGAACAUUUCGAGUCAGCUUAAUGUAGUUUCCUACAUUACAAAGAUUAAAUUCGGUAAAACACUGGAUCUCUCGGCUUUGUCGGAACGUGAGCUUAUCAGCACGAUGCCUUUUAACACCAAAAAGACCGAGGUCACAUUUACUGACCUAUCUUUUUGACCCCGUUUAACACAUCGUUGAUGUAUCACGUCGCACUUAUGUACGAUUCAAGAUUUUAUGUACUGUCCCUGUUGAAGGUUAAUGAGAUAGUAUCUUAACAAUUAGUGCGGUCUAGAAAGCAGCCUCACACGCUGCAGUUUCAAUUACUUUUCUGCAUAUGCAUGUACGACAUCUUCGAGAGCAGCUUGAUGCGUUUUCAGGAAGACUGAGAUUGUGAAAAUAUUCAGUUUUAUACAUAUCGUAUAUGCUCGAAAUUACCUUCCAAUUGUGUACAAUUGUUGCUCCUCGAAUAUUCCCUCUAUGCAAUCGUAGGAUGUUCGAGAAAUCCAUGUGCAAUCAUAAAAAUUUGUUGCAAGCUUUGUCGAGUUUCGAAAUCAAGAGAACUCGUUUCUGCUUUUUCCUCUACAAUCACUGUGACAAGCGCUCGCCGUUUUCCGUGCGAUUAUAACGCAGUUGUACAACGCAUCGAAAAUCGUACCACUAAUGUAACUCUCGCAAUUCUUUCUCACGCGAUUUUCAAAGCCCGCUCGCUCGCUCGUAUUCCAGGUUGCUCCAAGGAGCGCAUUAUCCGGUAAUGAAAAAUCAAGGGAGUGCGCACGAUUUUUAGUUCUCGCAUCGCAAUCGCGCGGAACGUUCUCAUUGUACACCUGCUGUACGCGAGGACGACGAAGACGGGAAAAAAGUCUACGAGGAAACAUGGUGGAAUAGCGCGAUGCGCGAAAAUCUUACGAGAUAACUGGACAAGUCGGACUGGGUUUUAAUCGCAGACUACCUGGUGAUUGAGUGCGACCGGAUCAAAGGAGAUAGAAAGACUACGAUCGGUACCGAGACAGCUCGAUUCCACGUCGCAUUUUUAUUUUUCCUGCCGUCUACACUUAUCACGUGGGUCCCGGUCGGUGACAUCAAAGCGACCAUUCUCCGUCGGGAUUUUGCCGCAUCGAGGACAUAAUCUAGGAUGAGCUCGCAAACAGGUCAACGGGAAAUAAUGCCGGUUGAUGAAAUGCACGGCUGAAUAAUGCACCGUGAAACGGUGAUCUCGUGCGAUCAUUGUUAUGAUAUAAUCCGAGAAAAAGGAUGCAGCACGGCAAAGGGGGAUAAAACACACGGAACGCUCGAAAAGGUGCAUGUGCAGGGCACUGGCGUUUCGCUUUUACACCGUAAAAACGCGCGGCUACAAUAAGAAGCAGAAGUGGAGACGGACACGUGUGCGGAAGGAUACGCGGUCCACAUCCGGCCCGCCAUCCUGGCGGCAUGGUCCUUUGGGCCACAAUACUAAUCCUCCAAGGAGCUGGAUUCGUAGGCUCGGUGACAGGCAUUCCCGGCGUCCCGGAAAACAUAACGGUGAUGUUCCUGAAUCCAACGUCAGUGCGCGUGUCUUGGAGCACCAGUCAGGUCGAGCAGGUCGAGAAAUACGACGUCACGUACAAGCCAACCGACGCCAGGAAUUAUGACGGCAGUUACAGGGUGGUGGCGGUGGUCGCAGGGAACAGCGAAGCGGUCACGUUGAGCGGCCUUCGGGCUGACACGCAGUACCAGCUGGUCGUAACCGCGGUGAGGGCCGGAAAGAAGUUCCGCAGUCGACCGAUCGUCUUCCGUACACUCGGUAAGCCUCCCAAGCUUUACCCGCCUGCAGCAUCGCAAUCACGCGUGACAGAGCCACCACGCACGUCUCCGCAGCAAGAUGCGGCGGUAACGGGUGGUCCUCUUCCACCACCCCCACCGUCCUCACAGCAGCCCCAACCGUACAUACAAAUCCGCGGCGUCGAGGUGGGCAUAGUAGUGUUAGUGCUGAUAGUCUGGGCGGGAGCGAUAGCGCUGUUCUUCAAUCGCUGGGGUAAGAUCCGGAUGCUGCUGCCUUAUCAGCCCGACUACAAGGAACAGCUCAAGGUUCCCGGCACCGGCGUGUGCACGGCUGCAAACUCCGCGUACACGCAACAUCCGACGCAGCACGCGUGCUCUCAGCAUCUGCACUGGUCGAACCAUCACGUGGACUCGUUAGACAGCGCCGGAGCUGCGGCGUGGCCGAGAGUCACGAGGCCACGCGUCAACAGUGCCAUCGACGUAGCCGGCUUCUUGUCCCAGGAAUUUCUGCGACGCCACGGGUCCACGUCGAAGUUAUGUCGUAAGGUUCGCAGUGCAGAUAACUUACCACUCGCGUCGACGACUCGCCAACAGGAUCCACGAAAAAACUCCAAAGACGAGGGCAUCGAUGGUGACCGGGAGUUCUUCCUGAAAGCGAAUCAGGAGGAUAAGCCUGAGGAGUUAGAUUCGAAGAGACAGGGCAGUAUCGAUAGUACGCAGAACAAUACAGAAACGUCACUGUUGGAUCCUAGUCACCAACAGACUUCUUCGAGGGAUUCGCCGGUGGCUUCUUCAUCGUUGGUCACCAGGCGUUUCGGGGGUUGGCGCACCGGCGGAAAUCACGAGUACGUCAGAUGCCCCGUGCGACAGCCUGCUUCCAUGGACGAGCGGUGUUAUCGGCGAUCGUACGAGCCCGAGGCCCCUCGUCCGCCACGCCAUCAUCAUUAUCACCGGCGCACGGAGAGCGACCGGCACUCGAAGAGCUGCGACUACGCGAAGCGUAGUACAACCACCACCGAGUCGAGCAUCGAGGUGCAGCAUUUCGGCCUGCCGAUCCUGAGCGUGAGCGAGCCCAGUCCGCCAGACGAGAACGAGCGCGUCGACGACUAUUUGUAGGACUUGCUUGCCGAGGACUUCCUCAAGGAACUCCUCGUGUGAUCCGCCCGGCCGAUUCGCACCCGUUCCGCUCCGCUCCGAUCUCGCCGUACGAUCCCGCCGCGGAAUUGUGCGCGGCGACGUUGUAUCUCGUGCUACGGACGUUUCAUCAUCAAUUCUCCCCCCAUCCCCCUGAUAUCGCCUGAUGCCUCUGAUACCUAUCGCGUCAACUACCCCCGCGAUCAUAUUAAUUCCACGGGGGAAAAUGUUUCGUCGGUCGCGGAUCUACCGAUCGCGAUCUGCCUAUCUUCGUUGUAAAUAACGAUCUACUCUCAUGCGUAUUUUAUCUUAGCCCGAUAGAUAUCGCGGAUAUAUUUGCUACUUGUACUAUAGUAGAGGAGCUGCGCGAAUUCGUGUUUGAUCCGAAGUCGGUCUUUCUCCUCCUCAGCGUGCUAAGGAGUGCUAAGUAUCGAUUAUUUUUCGAUAUAACGUGGAUUCGCUUAAUUGAUAUAUCUUGUGUAAUAUUUUAGCGAAAUCUUUACUGUCCGUUGAUUGAUUUAUGUACGGUAUACGAUGUAAAUCAAUCGAUGUCUACAUGUAUAUGUGUGUCUUUCGCAACACGCUGGGGAGAAAAUAAAGCCCGGAUUAAAUCUGACCACUCCUUAUAUCGUAUUAUUUUUAAAACGUACGUGGCUUGGCAAAUAAUUUCGUUACUGCGAUAUCGCUAAUUCGAGAGGAAAGAAUCCAGAACUAUCAAUCUACGUUCUGAAAAGGCACGUUGUAUAUAAACGCCCGAGUUUUUUAAUUCCAAGUACAAGUCGGGAAUAUGCAUUUGCAGAAAUCGUUCCGAUUUAAUAUUGCAGCCACAUCCCCAAGCACGACUUGACAUAAAAUAUUCGUUCUCGCAUGCAGGCCGUUUUAUCGCGUUCAUCUUUGAUAUUACCGGUAUAAACUCUUCGAGAUUUCUCGCGGGAAUCGAUAAACUCGCGUCGUAAAAUAUGUUAUCCUGUGGAGUUACGUACAACAGCGCAUGUCGUAAUCAAACGCGAAUAGUCAAACUGGCUGUAAAUGCGGCGAAGCAGGCACCAUCAUAAUACGAGCGAUCAUAUUCAAAGCACCAGUCUAUUACGAGCCAUUUUCGCAUUAUCUUGUCGGAUUGUCCAGAUCUCCUUAUCUAAAUGUUUCGUUACAAAUUUUUACCGUCUUGACAGAACAUUAAGGAAUAUUUUACGACACGUUAUCCUGCUCUGUCUCUCAGUAGAAAAGAUAAACGUGCGAUCACCAGUAUCCGAAAUUAUCCGCCUCGAUCACUUGCGAUACUGUACAUCAUCGUGUAGCACGAAUGUCCUGAAUCUUUCUAUCGUUAAGAAAAGAGACGCAAGAUUGACCAGAAGCACCAUGUACAUACGUGUUAGAUAGCGUUAUCGCUUAUAGAAACUGAUUUAUUUUCUCACAUUACAUGUCUCUUCCAAAUAACGAUUCAACUCGCGCGUGCGAAAGCUAUACUUACGGAUGCCUGAGAAAGUCUGAAUUCUAGUCACUCUCUCGUGGAGUUUUCGUAAAUAGAGCUUAUAACCCACGGAAAUUAAUCACGUAAAUUAUAACGAGUCGCGUAAAUUAUAAAGAGUCAACGUUCGCUUUCUUCAUCAUCAAACAGAACUUUUUGGUAGUAAUCUUAUCUUGCGUCAAAAACCAUUGUCGUGUGUAACUAAAUCUCGUUCCUGAUCAAAGUGAGAUCACUAUUUUCAGGCAUCUACGUGGAGUUCUUCUUGAGCAUUUUAUCGCACUUCCGUGAGCGAAAAUGCGAUAAAAUACUGUGAUAAGAAACUCGAUCGCGGGUAAAGGCGAUCUCAAAAAGAACAUUAAAGGAGCAAAGAUCUUCUCGUUGAUUGUCGCUUAUCAGGGUUUAUCAUAACAUGGGAACAAUAUAGAUUGCAUAAUAAUGCGUGCGACAGAUUCGCGCGAAUAAUCCUACGGUGCGUACAACGCAGCAUUUUUAUCGAUGGAUCAGAAAGCCGUGCGAUUUUUUUCCCAUGAUCGCAACUCGCUGCAACUCUCGCGAAGCACGUGCCUCAUCAUUGCCGAUUUUCUCUCAACUUCGCAUAAUCAUGGACCAAUAGUUGUAGGAAGAAGGGGGCCACGGCACAACUUACGGAAUUGGGUUCUGUUCAUCGUACGUAACAGGGAUUCACGUGAACUUAUACACGCUCGAAUUUCUCUAAAGGAAUAAAUUAGAUGAAAGUAUCUUAUGCUGUAAAACGUAUACCUCUGCAAAUGCUUUCUUCAAAGUUGCGAUGAAAUGAUUUAUACAAUUACGUGUCAUUUACAUGAUACAUAGGUGUGCCGAAUUUCUUUCUUCCGCGUGAAUUUACAAGGUUCGCAUGAUGGUUCGAUAUUUGAAAUGUAGAUGUUUAAUUAGAUGAAAAUAAUCGAGCAGCAAUCACACAACUGCAAUUAUGAUCGAUUGUUUUUAGUCACAUUCUAUUAGCGAACUGCAUUUUAGACAUGCGUUAUUAAUCGUAAUGAGCGUAGGCACCGAAAAGUUCUGAUUCACAUUUAUACAUAUCAUAACCCGAUUGUGGUUUUUUAAUGUUUUAAAUUCUUGAUCUACGCGGGUAAUUUACAAACCGCAGAGUUCGGGGACCAAUCGAACCAAGAUUAUAAAUAUUCGUAAAAGUACGCGAUUACUUUUGCUUGCAAGUAUUUCAUCGAAGAUUUCUACAUGAUAAAAGUAUAUGUAUAUUGUAUUACAAAUCGCGCCCAUUUACGCACUCUCGCACAUAUUUUGAUUUAAUUUUAUUAUCAACCGAGACAUAUCAAUAUCAAUUUUAUUUUUUACUUUUCGAUAGUUAAGAGACUUCAAUUAAAUUUACGUUAUUUAUUCAUUUUCUAAAGGAAGCAAUGUUGUAUCACCAAAGUAGAUUUUACUAUACUAAAACUAAAUUAAUAUUUGGCAUUGAACAUUACUCUCUCUUUCUCUCUCAAGUAUUAAAUUUUACAAUAUUACUGUAGAAUUCCUAUGUAACUCCAGUAAGGUGCAAGACCGACCGAUAAAGAAAGUCCAUGUUGCUCUUGAAUCUUCGCGGGAAUGCUGUCGCACGUAUUAAGCGAGUUUCAUUAUAUGGACGGCCGAACGUGCGCACUAGUGCGCACUUAUAUACUCAUUAUAGCAAUUGUGUAAGAAAAUCGAUAAUACUUUAACUUUCUUUUUUUCAUAUUUAACGUGUAAAUAUUCAUGACCAACAAUAUCGUAAAGUAAUUGCUAAUUACAAGAGCAUACUGAUUAAAAUUCCCCCUUUGUUUCUAGAAUGCAUCUCAAGAUUUAUACUCACUCUGUAUACACAUACACAAUAUGUAACUCCGGAUAAUUUCUAUUGCGCUCAAUAUAUUCUUUGUACCGAUCAAUAUACGAAUUUAGCCGUUCAUUCUCUAAAUUACACGUAUCAAUUACUUUUUUAAAAUAAUCAUGAAACGUGUAUCGAAAGCUUGAUCAUUGCUGCGACGUAUACGAAACACAAAAUUUAUCUAUCCUAUCAGCUCGAAACAUUAAAAAGCAGGUCUUGUAAGCGAGAUCUCGUUAACAAUACCGAAUUUUUAAAAAUUAUUGUACCCUCAAACAUAGAAAUUAACACUACUUCUUUACGUCGCGUGACGGAAUUAUAGGCUUUUGCAAAAUAUUACUGUGGUCUGCAUGGCGUAAUCUCUCAUUUAGACUAACACAUUGAAGAUGCGUAUUGUAAAAUAUCAGGGCAUAUCGAAUAAGUGUAUGGACACUUGGAACCAGCAGCCCACGACCAUCUUAGAUACAUAUUGUGUAUAUAUUCAGGUAUAUACGUGUACGUUAUCUACAUGUACCAAAAAAUAUUUCACCAUUAUAAGCUAUUUGAACGAAAAGCUAACGCUGCGAUGGUUUCAAUCUCAUCAAAGUCUUGAAUUUCUAUGGAAAGAUACUUAAAGACUGGAAAGUUCAUGCUGAGAUCCAUUUCGCAUCGCAUUAUUUAAUUAUUUUGUACAUUAUUUUGUAGCGCUCUUAAUUUAUUUUAUGUGAAAAAUAUUUCGUGUAAGUUUCCCGAUGUUAUAUAAAUUGUUUUAUUUCUCCUCUAGGAAGAAUUGAAUUAUUAGAAAUUAUCAAACUAGUACAUAUUAAUUUAGAUGUUCAUAUAAUAAUAAAGAAACUUUACAAGAUUAUGGAAAUUCUCGCAAUUUUAUUUACCGUUUUGUAGCAAGAAAUGUUGCAUGAAAUGUUGUAAAACAGCAGAACGUCAAAUAUCUAAAUAAAAUUAUUAAUCUAUUAAUGACCUAAAAAAAUACAACGAAUUACAGAUUGUUAUGAUAAAUUAUUAAUAAAUAGAUCGCACGAGGAAAGAUGGAUCGAGGCAUGGACUUUGCAUACGCGCGUGAACGAACCGAAAGAUUCACUAUUACCUCUAAAUAUUGAUAAUUAUAGCUUUAAACAAAGAGACCAAGUAAUUAAAAAAAAGUCCACCUAUUCUCUUAUAAAAAGGGCAGUCUUAGAGAAACCCGAAUUAAGUAAUUUUACAAAGGAAAGAUAUCCGUCUAAUAUUAUUGUAUCCUCUGUAUAUAAAAUAUAUACAUAUUAUACGUAUAUUUAUAUAUAGAUUAGAAUUCCGAUCGUAUUGAUCUAAGUGUCGAUCAGUGGUAUUAUCACGCGAUUGUUUGAUCGAUCAAGGGUGCGGAUGAGUAAAGGGCUUAGUGUGUUUAUCUGGAUAUAUACAUCUUAACUAUGUAAUGCCGCAAUCGAGAGGCUCCGAGUGUGAAUUACGCUAAGAAAAUGUACUCUAUCAUCAUAUCUAAUAAGCAACUUAGCCGUGUCAUGUGAUAAACGUCAUUUAUCAUCAUCCAACAAUCAACAAUGGCGUGUAAGCCAUGGUAAUGUUAUCAGCGUAGUGACGUAGUGACUGUUCUCAGAUUAGCGAUGUAAAAAAAGUAUUCGAGAUAACGCUAGUUGUAAUAUCUAUAGAACUAUAUCGUACUUGAGGAAUAAUAGAGCAAGUCGUGAAAUCACACGCGAGUAACGUUUACGUUUCUCACAGAGAAAUAUAGAUAUUUUUUUUAAGAGAUUUAUAAAGCUAUUUUCCUAAAAUGUGAUCACGCGUUAAGGAAUCAUCCCGCCUCGCAGCUCGCAAUCUUUGUAUCUUCACAUACUACAUGCGCACCCUUCAUCGUCACACACGCGCGCGUCUAUACUUGCUAGAUGCCUAAGAACCUGAUCAAGCGUAAUAGAGAACGUGAUCGAUCAAUGUGAUGAUCGUUCACGCGACAACGAUGCUCCCAAGUAUUUUCUUUCCUCGAUGUGCGAAACGACGACGCGGCGGAAAGCCGCGCGUUCAAACACGCCUAUCUUAUUAAUUCGAUGUAUAUUUGCAUGUAAAUAUCUCUACGUAUAUCGUCGGGGUGAGACGAAAUGAGAGAUUUCACAAUGCGCCGCAAUGCGCCGAUCCUCUCGAUCGAAUCCCUCCUCCCCAAAAGAACAGAAAAGAGCGUCUCAGUACGAUUCCGCGGACACUGAACAUAGAAUGUAAGAUCUGUCAAUUCGUGACACGUUAUAAAUUCGAAACCUGUGAUUUUAGCGAGUCUAACUUUAGCGGUUAGCUUAAAGCUCUUAGUAGGAUGUCAGAUGUGCGACAUACGUGAUCUGUGCUCUGUCUAUACACUCUCUCGGUUCACGAACAUAUCGUACCGCACGCUCCGUUGUAAUUAACCGAACAGAGAAACGUCAUCGCGAUCUGAGCGAUUGAUUCUUAAUCAAUCUGGCGAGUCAAUCUGCGUUCGACGUGAUGAGAUGACGGAUUCGUAGGACUCACCCCUGAAUCUUACGCUGGGGUUUCGCUAAGUCUAUCAUUCAGUUUUUGUAUUAAACUAAAACACACCAUACACGCGCGCGCUGCGCGCGCGCCCUUUAUUAUUAUUUCUUGAAACUUUCGAUAUUAAAGGAAUAUUAUAUCAUUAAUAAAAAUUAUAUUAAUAUAUACACUUCGACUACGGUGUUCUCUCUUUCUUCCUCUCGCAGUUUUAAAAAUAACAAACUCUACAGCUAAGCAUCUAUAGUCUACCAGAAAAUAUUUAUAAUAUAUAUUCUCCGAUAUAAUUUCGUAUGUUUUAGAUAUUUUAAGUUUUACGUAUUUUUAUUUUAUAAUCGAUUAAGCAUUUUUUUCAUUUCCUGUCUUGUUUUAUUGAUACUUGUGAGUUCAUCUUAUAAACUUGAUUAUUUCUAUCGUGUAAAAAGAUAGCAAAAUAAAUGUAUCAAUUUGAAUUGA